AUGCAGGUUGUGCACAGCAGGCCACAGCAUCAGGACAGCAGGUCACAGCAUCAGGACAGCAGGCUACAGUAUCAGGACAGCAGGUCACAGCAUCAGGACAGCAGGUCACAGCAUCAGGACAGCAGGUCACAGCAUCAGGACAGCAGGUCACAGCAUCAGGACAGCAGGUCACAGCAUCAGGACAGCAUCAGGACAGCAGGCUACAGUAUCAGGACAGCAGGACAGCAGGUCACAGCAUCAGGACAGCAGGUCACAGCAUCAGGACAGCAGGUCACAGCAUCAGGACAGCAUCAGGACAGCAGGCUACAGUAUCAGGACAGCAGGUCACAGCAUCAGGACAGCAGGUCACAGCAUCAGGACAGCAUCAGGACAGCAGGCUACAGUAUCAGGACAGCAGGUCACAGCAUCAGGACAGCAGGUUACAGCAUCAGCACAGCAGGUCACAGCAUCAGGACACCAUCAGGACAGCAGGUCACAGCAUCAGGACAGCAGGUCACAGCAUCAGGACAGCAGGUCACAGCACCAGGACAGCAGGCCACAGCAUCAGGACAGCAGGUCACAGCAUCAGGACAGCAGGACAGCAGGUCACAGCAUCAGGACAGCAGGUCACAGCAUCAGGACACCAUCAGGACAGCAGGUCACAGCAUCAGGACAGCAGGUCACAGCAUCAGGACAGCAUCAGGACAGCAGGCUACAGUAUCAGGACAGCAGGUCACAGCAUCAGGACAGCAGGUCACAGCAUCAGGACAGCAUCAGGACAGCAGGCUACAGUAUCAGGACAGCAGGUCACAGCAUCAGGACAGCAGGUUACAGCAUCAGCACAGCAGGUCACAGCAUCAGGACACCAUCAGGACAGCAGGUCACAGCAUCAGGACAGCAGGUCACAGCAUCAGGACAGCAGGUCACAGCAUCAGGACAGCAGGCCACAGCAUCAGGACAGCAGGAGAGGACGAUCGCUUGGCCUUAAAGGGAAAACUGACCGUGUCCGACUUGUUCAAGAAGGACUUCAAAGUGCACGACCCCGACGCCAAGUGGAUCAGCGGUAAUGAGCUGCUCUACCGUAAUCGCGAUGGGGACGUUGUCAAGUUCAACGUCGACACCAAUGAGACAACCGUUUUGGUGCACAACAAGAAAUUUGAAAUGUACAAAGCCACCAAGUAUGAAGUUUCUCCCGACCUGAAGCAUGUACUGCUGGCCUACAACGUCGCUCCGGUGUACCAGUACUCGUACACAGCCUUCUACAUUAUCUGCAGCCUGGAGACUCCAGAGACAUGGAACCUGAACCCUCCUGAAGUCAGAAAUGCUCAGCUGCAGUUUGCAGGAUGGGGCCCACAAGACCAGCAGCUGAUCUUCAUCUUUGAGAACAACAUUUAUUUCCGCUCCAAAGUGGAGAGUCGCUCCAUUCGUCUGGUGUCCACUGGAAAAGAAGGCGUGAUCUUCAACGGCCUCAGUGACUGGCUGUAUGAAGAGGAGAUUUUCCACUCCCACAUCGCUCACUGGUGGUCUCCAGAUGGCGCUAGACUGGCCUAUGCAACCAUCAACGACAGUCUGGUGCCCAAGAUGGAGCUGCCCAUGUUCACUGGGACGCCGUACCCUAUGGGGAAGGAAUACCACUAUCCUAAGGCUGGAGAAGAAAAUCCCCUCAUCACUAUUUCUGUGGUGAAUCUGAACGGUCCGCUUCACACCAUCGAAAUGAGGCGCCCGGACGAUACCAGAAUAGGAGAAUACUACGUGACGAUGGUGAAAUGGGCGACAGCGACUAAACUGGCCAUAAACUGGAUGAAUCGCCCACAAAAUAUUUCUGUGCUGACGCUGUGUGAGGCGACCACUGGGGUCUGCACUAAGAAACAUGAAGAUGAAAGUGAGGGAUGGCUGCAAACACAGAAUGAAAACCCGCUGUUUUCCAAAGACGGUCUGAAGCUGUUCUUCACACGAGCCAUUCCUCAGGGCGGACGCGGAAAGUUCUUCCACAUCUCUAUGUCCACUUCACAGGUGAACACCAGCACUGACACACUACAGUCCAUCACGUCUGGAGACUGGGACGUGACGCAGGUCCUGGCCUUUAACGAAGACAGCCAGCUCAUAUACUUCUUGAGCACCGAGGAUGGACCAAAGAGAAGACAUCUAUACAGUGCGGACACCUCCGGCUCUUUCAACCGUCGCUGUCUGACGUGUUCGCUGCCCGACGCCUGUGGAUAUGUGAGCGGUUCCUUCAGCCUCAACAUGACUUACUUCCUCCUUGACUGCAAAGGUCCAGAGAUCCCCUUCGUGUCCAUAUUCAGGGCACAGAUGGAUGAAGACGCACAAGAGGGAGAGAGUAUUGUUGAAGUUCACAGUCUAGAAAACAACCACAACCUGAGGAGGACCCUGGACUCUAUGCAGGUGCCCAUAGUGGAAUACAGGGACGUCAACAUGGACGACUACAUUUUGUCGAUGCAGAUCGUGAAACCCGCAGGCUUCAUGGAAACGUCGCACUAUCCACUUCUUCUGCUCGUCGAUGGGACCCCUGGUGGCCAGUCGGUGUCAGAGCAGUUCCGUCUGGACUGGUCCACAGUUCUGGUCAGCAGCUUUGGAGCGGUGGUUCUGCGAGUGGACGGACGAGGCAGCGGCUUCCAGGGAACAAACCUGCUCCACCGCAUCCAAAAGAGACUGGGCAUCUACGAGGAGCAGGACCAGAGGGACGCCGUCGACUUGAUGUUGAGAGAACCCUACAUUGACAAGACCAGGGUUGGAGCUUAUGGCAAGGAGUACGGAGGCUACAUCACCAGUCUGCUGCUGAGCGCCGGAGAGGGCCUGCCUGUAAAGUGUGGAGCAGUUCUCUCCCCCAUUACCGACUUUGAAUUAUACGCGUCAGCAUUUUCAGAGCGGUACCUGGGCCUUCCAAAACCAGACCCAAGAGCCUACGCGAUGGCCAAUCUAGAACACAGAGCAUCUCAGUUCAUGGACAACAAGUUCCUCAUCAUCCACCCCACAGCCGACGAAAAAGUGCAUUUUCAACACACGGCAAAAUUCAUCGCACGGCUCAUAAAUGCAAAGGCCAACUACACUUUACAGAUUUACCCAGACGAGGGCCACUUCAUCCGCAGUGAGGCCACGCGGCAGCACCUGAGCCAGUCCCUCAUCAAUUUCUUUGAGGAGUGCUUCCGACUGCCUGAGAGCGUGUUCGAGGAGACGCUGGAGGAAGACGCCGAAGAUGAGGUCUAA